AUGGCUACUUUGGCCGAAAAAGUAGAAAUUUUGAACCCUGCCGACUUGAUUAAUGAUCCAACAAACUUAACAGUUAUAUUGCACGAAGAAGACCAUACAAUUGGUAAUUCAUUGAAACAUAUCUUAUGCAAAAUGCCUAACAUUGAAUUCUGUGGUUAUAAUGUACCACAUCCGCUGGAAGACAAAAUAGUUGUGAGAGUGCAGACGAAAAAAAACAUACCUGCAGCAAAGGUCUUUAUUGAAGCUUUAGAGCAUUUGCAAACUGUAUUCAGCGGGAUACGUUCGAAGUUUGAAACUGCAUCUGAAGAAUACCACUCAACUAAUUAA